CAAUCAAUUCUUGUAAAAACAAAUUCCAAUAUAGUAUCAACCAUGGAAAGAAAAUGGUACAAGAAAAUGACGACGAUGCACCUUGUGCUACUUGUAACCAUAAUAAAGGUGCAAGAAGUAAUUGGAGCAUUAGAAUGUAAUGGGACAAACAGCAGCAUAGGUGCUUGUCUUCCAGAUGUUGAUGAAUUCUUGAUGGAAUCAGAAACAAGCACUAUGAUUCUUGCUGGUAAUGCUAGAAACCAAUAUCUAUCUUUCGACGCGGCGGGGAGUAGAGGAGAGAUAUGUAAGGAAGAUAUUUACGGUAAUUGCAUUGGUAAUAAGAACGUUAAAGCAUCACACUGCACCUAUGGUAGCCGCUGCAAACGUGAAAUAUCCUCGUAAAUCGUGUACACGUCUCCAAGGGCAUCAACUACCUGUUUGCUUUACUUGAUCCAAUACUAUCUUCUCUUGUUGAAGAAACUACUUGUUUUACAGUAUGUAUUUGUUGUGUGUCAAUGUCUCUUUAAGUACUAAAUGCUUGACUUUUAUAGCAAAUUGAUGAUGGUGUUUUAUCUGAACAGAA